AAGGGCCUGCGGGGUCUCUCACAGCUCCUCUCCAGCCAUGAAGGGCAGACAAACACACAUGCACUGACACACAGUUUGUGUAACGUGGUUCCGCAGCAAGGACAGGGGAGCCUCCGGCUCUUGAGGAGAGCCUGAAAAACAAACUCAGCUCUCAGAUUUAAGCAGGAUGAACGGCAGGGGAGUCUGGAGAAGAUGACACAGACUGGCAGUCUUUCCCUCCAUCUGCACUGGCUGGAUUCCCACACGUCCGACAUCAUUCCGGAGCUAACCUGAUGAGAUUCAGUCUCUGAGGUUUUUCAGUCCUUUCCACUGUAAGGUGACACCACAGCAGGAACACUCUGUAAUCUCCCUGUCAUCAGCUGCUGUGCCGCCUGCAAAGUUGUAUUGCUGUUUUGUGCACAAAGGCACCAUGGGAAACAUAGUUCAAUGCUGUCACACACUCUCAAACUACUUUAAGUGUAAGGAUACACCGGCCCAGGGUGAGGCAGAGAGAUCCCCUCUGCUAUCCAGCGAAGAGAGUGAAUGUGACCCACCGAGCCUGCCGGACGACCCGGAGGAUGAUCUGUUGACCGUCUCUACCGGUAUGACAAACCCGGCCCUUGAACCAGAGCACUUCCUGUUUCCUGACAUCAUCCUAAGCAGCAACCUGGGAGGGGACGUGACUCUGGUGGAGCCGAUGGUUUGCCUGCUGGUGUCUGAGGAGGAAGAGGGAGGAGGUGAGCGAGUGAGGGAGGAUGAGCCAGGAAAUGAAGGGCAAGAGGGGAGCAACACGAGGAGAAACAGGGGCUACUCUGAGGUUGAGACACAGACCGAAAUGGAGACACAGAUUGGUAUGGGGGUACAGACUCAGACAGAGUCACAGGCAGAAGUUCAGACACAAACAGACAUGCUCGUUUGCAAUAAUGGGACUGUGGAGAGGAAAGUAAAUACACUAACAAGCGUUGGCACUACAAAAGAGAUGGCUGUGGAUGUUAAGGAAGAACAUAAAAUACUGAAACCGGUGGAUGUGGUCCUGGAGGUACAAACAGAUAGACAAUCAUCACGAGAGAGACGCUCAGAAAUUGUCACCGCUAUGCCAUCAGAGACACAAAGUAAAAGGAUACUGGGCGCUGGAGCCUGGUCUGACCUAGACGUUUUUGCCGAGUUAGAGGAGUCUGGGAAGUUAGAAAGACCGACGGAGAAAAACAAACUGGCCUUCAGAUAUAUAGACAAGAAAGCUGAACAGGAAGAACCGAAAGAGAAUCACAUCCACGAGCAUACAUUUCAAACGGAACAAAAUACCGAGCUAAAAGAGGAGUUUAACACUGAUCAAGAGACUGUUUUUAAGCUGCAACAGAAGACUAUUGCUGCUCAGGAAAAUACAGACUUUGCCUGGACAGAGCACCACACUUCGCAGACACAGGAGGAUGUAAAAGAGAAAAAACUAAAUAUUCAAUCAGAGUGCACUUCUGUGAUGCUGACCAAACACAGUGUAAACAACAUGGACGAGAAAAUCACUGCAAUGGAGUCACAGAGGACGCUGACAAAAUACAGCAUCAACAACACUGAUAUUGUGGUGAACUCUGACCCUGCCGAGUGUCGUGUAGACCGCACACUACUGAGUUAUCAGGUUAACGAACAGAUGGGAGAGGCGGCUGAGAUGUCACCUCAGAAUGUAAAUGAAAAGGACCGUAACAUUAUCCACACAAGAACAAAAAUAAAUCCGUCUGAGGACCACACAGAUCGAACAGCAGAUCACCCCAUUUUAAAUGCAGAACAGGAAAACUCGCACCCACCAAAGAGGGAAGAGGGCGGCAAUGACACUGGUCUGCAGCAUGUUUUGGAGUCGGAGACAGCUCCGCCACAGGUGGAGGAGGAAGGAGCUGGGAUCAAGCAAAUGACCCUGUUUUUAGUUGACAGACUGUUUCUGGCAGCACCACAUGGCAAAGCACAUCCAAGUCAAACUCAAGAACUCCCCAAGGAUGAUCGCCUGGAGCAGUCUGAUCCUGAUAAAAGGGAACAACUUAGCAUCCGUGACGUAGUUGAUCUCCAAGAGACAAGCUUUAUUGUCAGAAUUCAACCUCCUGGCACAGAAAGCUUUGAGCUCCAGGUGUCAGGCCAGAUGUUGGUGGCGGAGCUGCAUCAGGUGCUGAUGGAUCACGAGAUCACCUGCCACCGCACGUGCUUCUCCCUCCAGCUGGGAGGCACCACGCUCGACAAUCUGACAGAGCUACGCUCCAUCCAGGGCAUCCAGGACGGAGCGCUGAUCAAGUUGGUGGAGGAUUCUUAUACAGUGCGUGAUGCUCAUCUUCAUCUCAGACAUGUAUGUGAUCUUCUGAGGAGCCUUGACCCUGCAGAUGCAUACAACGGAGUGGACGGCAGCUCACUAUCUUACCUCACCUUUUACACCAGAGGAGACAAGGAUAAUGAGAUUGUGGGGAAGAGGCGAGUGUCUGAGAGGGAAUCUGUUGAAUGCAGCCCUCCGGAAUACAUCCUCCCCGGAUGUAAGGACCGACCACUUACUCCACUGCAGCCCGUCAGAGAUGACUUUAAGCCAUUACAGUGCCUGCGGGUUCUGACCAUGAACAGCUGGAAUCCUCCUCCAGGGAACAGGAAAAUGCACGGGGACUUAAUGUACCUGAACGUCCUGACUAUGGAGGACAGGGAACUCAACAUUACGUCCUCUACGCGUGGCUUCUACCUCAACCAGUCAACGGCCUUCAGCUUCAACCCUAAACCUGCAGUGCCCAAAAUCCUUUGCCACUCUCUAGUAGAGCUGCUGAGUCAGGUCAGCCCUGCUUUCAGGAAAAACUUCAGUGCACUGCAGAAGAAGAGAGUCCAGCAACACCCUUAUGAGCGGUUCGCAGCACCUUUUCAGGUGUUCACCUGGACUGCCCCUCAUGGAGACCACACCCUCGACUGUGUCAGAGCGGAGGAGACACACACCACUCGCAUGGGCCAGGACAAGCAAACAGCUGGGCAGAGCCGGGAUUGGAAUGAGGAGCUGCAGGGAUGCAGGGAACUCCCCAGGAACUCCCUUCAGGAGCGCCUGCACAGAGAGAGGAGCAUAUUUAAGACCAACAGUGACUUUGUUGCCGCUGCAACACGAGGUGCCGUGGCCGUUAUUGAUGGCAACGUCAUGCCAUUAAACCCAAGCGAGGCGCCUCAUAUGCAUAUGUUCAUCUGGAACAACCUCUUCUUCAGCUUGGGGUUCGACAUAUCUGAACACUACCGCCCACUUGGAGGCAACACCGCUGCUCAUGCCGCUGCCAGCUGCGACUUGAGAGGAGCACAGGCAUACACAUCUGUCGACAUAGAGGGGCUUCACACAAUUGGGACAGCUGUGGUGGAUUACCGUGGCAUCCGUGUUAUCGCUCAGACAAUCGUUCCUGGGAUACUGGAGAAAACUCAAGAGCAGAGCGUAGUCUAUGGCUCUAAUGACUAUGGAACAACUGUUUUUACACACCCCAGGUUUCUGGAGCUCCUGGAUAAGACAAGUAAACCCCUGAGAAUCCAACGUCACCAGGUGCUCGAUCACAACAACAUCCCGGUGGACCUUUGCUCUGGCAUUGAGACUAAAGGCAUCCUGGGUAAUGACGGACGACCUUACAUCUUGGAUCUUCUCCGCACCUUCCCCCCUGACCCUAACUUCCAGUUCUCAGAGACAGAGGAGACGGGGGAGGAGGUGCCAAAGGAGUGUCAGAGCUUUGGUUACCCACGGCGACAUCAUCACAGCCUGGCCAGCCUGAGACCAGAGCUGAUAGAGGCCUUUGUCCAGCACAGGUAUGAACGUUAUGCGAAGAUGGUGGCCCAGGGCCUCAGCCAACUGGAAGAACAGGAUAAAGCCAAGAAGCAGAGUGAAGGUCUGGUCUGCGAGCCGAGAACUGGAGAUAGAGCCACAACCGAUGCUGACCUGGAAUUUCAGAGAAGAGAUAUGAUCAUGACCGCUUGUAGGGCUGUCGGAUCAGUGAGUGACUCUUGCUUUGACAUCCGCUUCAAUCCUGAUGUUUGCUCUCCAGGUGUUCGUUUCUCAUCUGAGUUUGUCGAGGAGGUUCAGAGGCAGAGAAAGCUGUUAUGGGACGCGGCGGCUUUUCUGCUGUCCAAUCAGAUUCCAGCAGUCCUUAGGGACUGUCUCGACCAAACAGCAGUGCCGAUGGAUGGACUGACCCUGACCUCAGUGCUACAUCAGCAGGGUGUGAACGUACGAUACCUGGGCGCGCUACUGAGGGAGCUGCACAGGGUGGAGGAGAGAGGAAGACUCAGCCACAUAGAGAGAAUUUCUAUCAGUGAAGUCAUCACCAGAAGUGCAAAACACAUCUUCAGGACCUAUCUACAGGAUGUGGCACCUGCAGCUUUCUCUGCUGCUGUCAGUCACUUCCUCAACUGCCUAUUGAGUUCCUCCUCCUGUAUCCCCGACUCCAGCUCCGACGAGCUACUCUCUCGUCGCAGGAGCCGACGUCGACGGAGCCACGGGAGUCGGGUCGCCCUGUUGACGGAUAGUGUGUGGGCUAGACUGACCCCCAGUGAGCUGUGGGGCAGGAUCAGGACUGAGGCUGGAGACUAUUACCACUACACAAUUGACAGUCAAAGUAUAGAUGAAGUCAUAGAAAAGCACGGCGUUCAGAGGAUCUCCCUACUGAGAGAGAUUGCCAUCAAGACGGGCAUCCAGGUACAGCUGAGGGAGUAUGUGUUUGAGUCUCGACAUAGGCCAGUGUUUGGUGAGGAAGAUGUUGUCAACAUGUUCCCUGUGGUCAAACAUCUCAAACCCACAGCAACGGACGCCACGCGGCUUGUGCAACACGCACAGGUGGCAGUACAGCAGGGACUUCUCAGAGAUGGCUAUGAAUUGAUUAGCCAGGCCCUGACCCUCUUCAGCAGCGUAUGUGGGGUCCUGCACGAGGAUGUGUGCAUGUGUCUGCGUCUCCUGGGACGGCUCAGCUACAUCUUGGGGGAAUAUGCGGAUGCUCUCAGCCACCAGGAAAAGGCUGUUAUGAGUAGUGAGAGACUACUUGGUAUAGACCAUCCACAGACCAUACAAGACUAUACUUACCUGGCCCUGUACUGCUUUGCUGGAGGCCAGCAUUCGACCUCCCUACACCUGCUGUAUCGCGCUCGGUACCUCACCCUGCUUGUGAGCGGAGAAGACCAUCCACAAGUCGCACUGCUGGAUAGUAUGCUGGGUCUAGUACUUCAUGGACUGAUGGAGCAUGAGCUUUCCCUGAAGUUCCUACAGAAUGCCUUAAAUUUAACCUCAAAAUACAGCGGUGACACAUCCCUGAAGCAUGCACACAGUCAUCAUCUGCUCGCCACUGUGUACGAGACUAAAGGAGAAUUUCGAUCAGCUCUGCAACACGAGAAAGAGGCUUAUUCAAUAUACAAGAGCCAGGUUGGUGAGAUCCAUGACAGUACAAAGGAAAGCUCAGAAUACCUGAAGAGCCUCACUCAGCAGGCUGUGGUCCUUCAGAAGGCCAUCAACCAUAUCUACAGUAACACACCUAGUGCCUGUAUACCACCUCCAAAGUUCUCCGCUCCAAGCCUUCCCACAAUUCUUCAGCAGCUCAACCUGACAUGUGGAAUCAUUCUCAUUCCCCUCAGUGCAAAAGAAGUUGCAGACCUGAGGAUUGAAUUGAAAGGGAAGGAAAAAGUUCAAGUGGAAGAGCUGGAGAACCAGUUAUUGAAGCAAAAAGACUUCAGAACUGCAGACAAAGGACAACAAAACUGAACUAUGGACAGUUACAAUAGAACAUCUGUGUAAUCAGUCAUACUUCUGAAAAUGGCCGCAGACAAUGAGCAACGAUGGCAAGUGAAAGCCAGGCAAAUUGCUGGUGACACGUUGGUUAGCCUACUUUGUACAAAAACUAUAUCCAAGGAACAGACAGGUGCAGACAGUUUGUUCUGCAGUUGUCUGUGAGAGACUGGAUGUCGAAGAGAGCCUUAUUUUAUACAGGCCAGCCAUGAUAUAGCUCUUGUUGAAAUAUAUGGAAUACAUGAAUGAACUCUGGAGGCUGUAACUUUGAUGGAAAAUACUCUCCUUCUUUUUGUCAGAAACCCUACACCCUAAAUAAAAUUGAGGAUUUACUGCUGAAUUAACUGAAAAGCACAGUAUGUUUAGGCCUACUUCUACAGAGAAAGAAAUAUAGCAUCAGUCUACUGAAAGUCCAAAUUUCUUAGAUUUUUAAAUUGUGCUGUGAUCUUGCAAUCCCCUGUGUGUCCACUGGGUUUCACACUUGUGCCAUGAACACUUCUCAGAGCCUGACGGAUGAUUUCUCUAACCCUGGAUAUUAAAAUAAUCUUUACGACUGUUUUGGAUGUGUACAUUGUACCAUUAUACUUUGAUACACGUUGUUGUCAUUAAUAUCCAGGUGACUGUUGGGAAACAAUAAGCAUCUGAGCAUCUUACAACUAGAACAAGUCAAAUUAGUGUUAGUGGUAUCUAAAGGGCUCCUUAAGGUGGAAAUCCAAGCAUUACAGUUUAGAAUGGUAUUGUUAUCAAGUGACAUUUUGUGGAGUUAGUCCACUGACAUAAAAUUAUUAUUGACUGUGAUCGCCCAAAAUACCUGCUCUUUCAACAUAUGGAUCACAGCUAUAACUCUGAAAAUGUACCCAUAUAGUUAGUGUAAAAUUAUUAUAGGUGUAUUAGUUUCCAGGGAGUUGUUCCAUUAUUGGAGCAGCUGCAUGAUUUGUCAUCAUAACUGGUCUGUCCUUCUGCUGCUCAUCUCGGCGAGAAACUUGUUUACAAUUAAAAUUGUUCAAAUACAAACUUAUG